CUGGUGCUUCUCCCAGCGCUGCCUCUCUCCUACUGCCAGUCUUAGUAGGACCAACCUGGGGACUGCAUAGUCUCGGUGCUGCGGCUUUAAAAAUAACGUAUCGGGAUUAUUUGGAGUUAAAACUUCGGUACUGUUCGACAAUUCGUUUUACUGCAACAAUGCUGACAGGCUCAACAAUAUUGGAAGUGCUCACAGGUCCUCAGUGACUGCAGCUCUGUCCUGCAGCAGCCUUUGAAUUGAGGACAGAGGUGUGCCCUGCUCUCCAGCCAAACGACACCUCCUUCUCUCUCCUGCUGCCUCCAAAGUGUCUCCAGAGGCACACUUUAUUUAGCUGCCAAGGUCACUGACAGCAAGUGAAACAGGGAGACAGUGGGAGUUCAAGGAAGAAAAUAAUUCCAAUCUGAUUCUCAAGUCCUAUACAUCUCUAGAAGGAGUAUUCCACCUACAGGAGCUAAACAUGGGGAACCAGUUAACAGAAAUCGCCCCCAACCCCCCAUUCCUCCCCAGCUUCCAGUCCUUACACAUCGUGGUGAUUGGUUUGGACUCUGCUGGGAAAACCGCCCUCCUCUAUAGACUCAAGCUGCGGGAGUUUGUCGAGACGAUCCCCACCAAAGGCUUCAACAUGGAGCGGAUUAAAGUGCCUAUGGGGAACUCCAAAAGCAACAGCACCACGUUACAGGUGUGGGACGUGGGCGGUCAGGACAAACUGAGGCCCCUCUGGAAGUCCUACACCAGGAGGACGGACGGGCUGGUGUUCGUGGUGGAUUCCGCCGAGACGGAGCGCAUGGAGGAAGCCAAAGUGGAGCUGCACAGGAUCGCCCGGUCCGCAGAGAACCAGGGGGUGCCGGUGCUGGUUCUGGCAAACAAACAGGACCUGGCUGGAGCCGCGUCAGCUGCAGAGGUGGAGAAGGUUCUGGCUCUCCAUGAGCUCAGCUCGUCCUCCCUGCACCACACACAGGGCUGCUCGGCGCUGGACGGGCAGGGCCUGCAGCCCGGGCUGGAGAAGCUGUACGAGAUGAUCCUGAAGAGGAAGAAGAUGCUCCGAAACAGCAAGAAGAAGAGAUGAGGCGGAGGCCCCACAGACAUUACUUUUGAACCGCUACCUGUUUGAGGACCUUCUCAGCAGACCCGACUGACACUUUUGGAACUUAAACAAGUGAAACCAGAGGGUACGUCCUUCAGACCAGUUGGGAUGUCUCCAACAAAGAUCAAAGUUCUCCAGUCUGUUCCAAACACCUUCCUUCACUCUGUGGACAUUGGACAGAGCUGCUUUGUUUGGGACAUGGUCUGCUCCUGAGCACUCCUCCCUCUCCCCAUUCCCCUCCCCAACCCUUAAAGGAGCACAGCAGAGAGCUACAGAUCCAGAGGGGGCCACAGAGGAAACCUGCAAUAUAUAUGAUGAACACUCGCUGAUGCACUCACUCCAAUAUUGAAGGAUAUUUUGAACCACUGCUUGUAUAGUGUGGUGGCAGCAGGAAGCGGCAGGCCUGGUCUGAACAGAGCUCCUGUCAACUUUCAGUGUCACACUAAGUCAAAUCCUAUGUUGCAUGAUGUUCACCCAAAUACCUGCUUAGUUAGACAACACUUUUGUUGAUCAAAAGAAGGCUAUUUAGAUGACUCUAGGUUAGGAAGUGCCCUGUUAUAUGUCACUGGGACUGUAGUUGACACCAACGUUUACAGACGGCAGACAUGCAAGUGUUUUUCACUCCUCAGCAAAGUUAUUUCUGCUCGUCACGGUUCGGUGUAUUUCAGGGUUGGCUGAAUGGUUGGUUGGUAAAUUCAAACAUGACAUGGUUUUUAUAUUAUGUACAUUUUGUUUUGUAAAGUGUCAACAUGAAUAAAUUAUUGAGUGACUUUGGCAUUA